AUCAUCUGCCUUCUCCACCACCAUCGCAAUCUUCUCUCUCUCUCACCUCAUCAUAAUAAGCGCUUCACUUCUUCACAGUUGACACACACACCGCCCGCCGAAGGAGAAGGAUGCCCAUGCUCACCGGUCUUCGUUCCUCUCUCUCCGAUCCGGCCUCACCCUCACCGCCCUAUUCUAGCUAUUUAGUGCUGCUAGCCUAGCUAGCCCUACUACUACUGCUCCCACUACAGUACCAGUACAUACUGCCUCUCUCUCCCUUUCUGCUAGCUAGCUCCUGGCCUGGUGGUCGUCGUCAGGCAUCUCCCUCCUCCUCCUGUGCCAGCCUUGUACACCUGCCCACCCUUCUUCUCCAUCUAUCUAUCCCCUUCGUCCCUCCUCCACCGCCCUUUUCUUUCCCCUUUUCCUCACACCCCUCUUUCCAGUUUGUGCUGUCUGCUGUGCUCGCCGGCCGGCCGGCUGCCCGGCCUCAUCUCUCCAAUUCCCCCUUCCUCACCUCACCACGCCUCCACUAGCGCUAGCUAGUCACUUCCAUCUACAUGCGCGCGAGCUACCUCCACUACUCCCGCGCGCCCAUCUUCUCCGAUCCGGCCGCCUCUCCAUAAUUCUGCCGUAGCAGCAGCAGGCUAGCUAGCUAGAGGCGAGAUCGACCCACCAGCGCCGGCCGGGCGCCGGGAAGGCGCAAGAUUUCGCCUUUGAUUCCACGCGCCACGCAGGCCGGCAUGCAGCAGCCGGCCAUGCCGCCGCCAUUCUCGCCUGCCGCGGGUACGGUUUCCGCGGCGGGCCAGCACGCCACGCCCAUCAGCAGCCGCCCGCCGCCGGAGCCACAGCAGCAGGUGGACGAGCUCGGCGGCGGCUCGGCUUCCGCUGGCAGCAGCUUCGUCGUCGACCACGACGGCGCGUCCGCGGGCGGCGGCGGCGACGACGGCGAGCGCAACGGGCCGUCCGGCGGCAACCGGUGGCCGCGGCAGGAGACGCUGGCGCUGCUCAAGAUCCGCUCCGAGAUGGACGCCGCGUUCCGGGAGGCCGCCCUCAAGGGACCCCUCUGGGAGCAAGUCGCCAGGAAGCUGGAGGCCAUGGGCUACAAGCGAAGCGCCAAGAAGUGCCGCGAGAAGUUCGAGAACGUCGACAAGUACUACAAGCGCACCAAGGACGGCCGCGCCGGACGCGGCGACGGCAAGGCCUACCGCUUCUUCUCCGAGCUCGAGGCGCUCCACGGCGCCUCGUCGACUGCGGCGCCGCACCCGCCGGUUUCGGUGUCUCUCGCGCCGACGCCUGUGGCCAUGGCGCUCCCACCACCAGCCACGGCGGCGCUUCCCGGCAUGGUGCCGGCCGCCUUGCAUGCCGAGGCACAGCCACCGACGCAGCCUCGUGUCGUUGCCGCCGUGCCACAGCCGGCUCCGACGGCAGGGACUGGCAGUGCCACUGCUACCACCGCGCCUCCUGCAGGCGCCGCCAGCGACGCGGCGGCGGCAUGCAUGAUGACGCCUGGUGACGUCGGCUUCUCCUCGGGCUCGGACGGGGAGGACACGGAGGAGACCGGCGGCGGCGAUGGCAGGAAGCGGAAGCGGGACGACGGGGACGGUUUCGGCGGCAGCAGCAGCAAGAUGAUGCGGUUCUUCGAGGGGCUGAUGCGGCAGGUGAUGGAGCGGCAGGAGGAGAUGCAGCGGCGGUUCAUCGAGGCCAUGGAGCGGCGGGAGCAGGACCGGAUGAUCCGCGAGGAGGCUUGGCGGCGCCAGGAGGUGGCGCGCCUCGCCCGCGAGCAGGACGCGCUCGCCCAGGAACGCGCCAUGGCCGCGUCCCGCGACGCCGCCGUCGUGUCCUUCAUACAGCGGGUCACCGGCCAGACCAUCCCGAUGCCCAUGCCCUCGUCCGUCGCGCCUCCGUCAGCCUUCAUCACCGCGCUGACGCAUACGCCACCGCCCUUGCAGCCCACGCCAGUGGCUUCCGCUGCACCGGCGCAGCCACCUCCCCCUCCAGCUCAUCAGCUGUCACCCACCACACCGAAACCGCACACAACAAUGCCGCCGAUGACGGCACAGCCCCAACCACAUCAGGCGCCGUCGAAUCCACAGGGCAGUAAGGAGAUCGUGGUCCGUGCGCCGCCGCCGGCGGAGUCGCAGGACACGGCGGGGUCCGGUGGCGGCGCGCCGUCGCCGUCGCCGUCGAGGUGGCCCAAGGCGGAGGUGCACGCGCUGAUCCAGCUGCGCACGGAGCUGGAGACGCGGUACCAGGACUCGGGCCCCAAGGGCCCGCUGUGGGAGGACAUCUCGUCGGGGAUGCGGCGGCUCGGGUACAACCGGAGCGCCAAGCGCUGCAAGGAGAAGUGGGAGAACAUCAACAAGUACUUCAAGAAGGUGAAGGAGAGCAACAAGAAGAGGCCCGAGGACUCCAAGACCUGCCCCUACUACCACCAGCUCGACGCGCUCUACCGCAGCAAGGCGCUCGCGUCGUUGUCGUCGUCCGGCGCAGCUCCGGCGGCGGCCGCGCCACGCCCGGAUCAGCAGGCUGCUGCGGCGCCGCCCGUCACCGUGCUGGCUGCGGUGCCGCUGUCUCAGACGGCGCCUCAUCACGGCAACGGCAACGGGAAUGGGUGCGCGAGCAGGGGCAGCUCGGACAACGGCGGCGGCAUGCAGAAGCAGCAGCAGGCGAGCAACGGCGGGGGUGUUGCCGCCAGGUUUUCUGGCGCCGGUGGCAAUGGCGUUGCUGCGACGAACAAGCGAGACGAAGGCAUCAUCGUCAUGACGAAGGAGACGACGGCGGCGCCGGAGGAGACGAGGCCGCAGCCGGUGUCGAUGAACGACAGCUACGUGAACGACGACGCCGUGGACAGCGACAGCAUCAGCAGCAUGGACGACGACGAUGACGAGGAUGACUUCGAUGACGACGAGGAGGGCGACGUUCGCGGCGGUGGCAGCGGCAAAAUGCAGUACGAGAUCCAGUUCCAGCGGCAGCAGCAGAACAAUCAGAGCGGCGGCGGUGGCGUCCGGCCGAACGGGAGCGGCGGCGCCAGCGCCGGCCCGGCAGCGACAGCAAGUGGGUCUUUCUUGACCAUGGUCCAUCACUAGCUGCAUGCAUGCAUACAUGCCAAAGCGUACAAACUUGCUGUGUACGUGUACGUCCUUGCACAGGUAAAAAAAAAAAGUGGACACCGUGCAUGAACACCGAACAGCACAUCAAAACCAUGCAUUUUACUCUUCGAUCCAUGGAGCGAGUUUGAUCCUGCAUGCAUGCACACCAAGCUCUUUCAUUCACUUGUUCAUCAUUUCAUCUCUGGAUCCAAUCCUGCACAUAUACACAUGCAUGCAUAGACACAUGAGAAUUCACCGUACAUAUACGUAUAGAUGGUGGUAUUGGAGGAGGAGGAAGCUGAUGGGGUGUACACUACUGUGGGGUACAUAUAUACCGUGUGUUACUGCUAUUACACUACAGUGUUGUAUGUGGUACAACAAAGAAGAGACAUCUUGAGCUGAUGGAAACAUGUGCUCAUGCGGGAAUUUCUUUUUUUUUGUGGGUGGGGGGGGGGGGGGGGAGGGUAUACUUUUGGGGCUUUCUUUUCUUUCCCCUUUUAAGAAGAAUUGUUACUGAACUGUCCAUUAUGUAAUUUAUUAUAAUUCGUUAUUACAUAUACUGUGGUUAUAUAUAUUAAUAAUGGCGGCUAAAUUA